CUGAACGACAGCGCAGAGUAUGGUUGGAGACAUCGAGACUACUGUAAAACAUCCAGAGAUUUAACAGAGGCUUCUGCGUAACCUGGUUAGACAGUAACAAACUUAAUUCUUUCCUAUUAUACCGGAGUCCUAAUCAUGUUUCUCUUCAGAACUUUAUCAACCUUAAGACUGGUCGCCGUUUUACUGAGUUUGGGGAUUCACCAGAGCAUCUGGGAAACAGUGGAAACGAUUCAUCCAGCAUGUGCUCUGGUGGCUGAGCAUAUUAAGGCUCAAGAGCAAUGCAUUCACACACAAAGACAAGAGGCCCACAUGAGCAACAAUAUCACUGGGUGUCAUACCAACUGGGAUGGUAUUUGGUGCUGGAACAGAGCAGAAGUUGGACAGGUAGUCAAUGUCUCCUGUUCCGAAGUGUCUCAGCUGUUUGCAACCAAUCAGGGUUUCAUAUUUAGGAAUUGCACCAAUAAUGGCUGGAUGGAAAUCUACCCAUCCUAUAAGAAUGCUUGUGAGAUUGUGGAGGACGUGGAAUCGGAAACUGAGACCACAUAUUACUCCACUUUCAGGCAGGUGUACACUGUGGGCUACGCUACCUCUCUGAUUUCCCUCAUCUCUGCCAUCUUUGUGUUUACAGCCUUCAGGAAGUUCCACUGCACCAGAAACUACAUUCACAUCAAUCUGUUCGCGUCCUUCAUCCUGCGAGCCAGUGCAAUCUUCAUCAAAGAUGCAGUUCUCUUUGCCGACGAGAAUCUGGACCACUGCUCGAUGUCAUCAACCUCUUGCAAGGCAGCAGUGGCUUUCUUCCAGUUCAGCAUCCUGGCUAACUAUUUUUGGCUGUUGGUAGAGGGGAUGUAUCUACAGACUCUUCUAGCUUUAACCUUUGUCUCACAGAAGAAGUAUUUCUGGUGGUACAUUAUUAUUGGCUGGGGUCUACCAACACUAAUACUGAUCAUCUGGGUCCUAGCAAGGAAUUUUUUUGAUAACAGAGGGUGCUGGGAUGACACAGAUGUUGCUUACUUUUGGUGGAUUAUCAAAGGACCAAUCACAGGAUCUCUCCUGAUCAAUUUCUUCAUCUUCAUAAAUGUGAUCCGGAUUCUUGUGCAGAAGCUGAAGUCUCGAGGAAUGGGUGGCAAUGAUACCAACCACUUAAUGAGACUGGCCAAGUCCACUCUUUUCCUGAUUCCUCUGUUUGGCAUGCACUACAUGGUAUUUGCUUUCCUGCCAGAAAACACUGGAGAAAAUGCACGCCACUUUCUUGAGCUUGGCCUGGGCCCGUUUCAGGGUUUUGUUGUGGCUCUGUUAUACUGUUUUCUCAAUGGAGAGGUACAAGCAGAACUAAAGAAGAGAAUGUGGAAGUGGCAGACACAAAAUUAUUUGAGAUACAGUAAGAGAAGACGAACCCUCUUUACUGAGAGCAGCACAGUCACACAAAUCUCAGUUUUAGAGAAGUCCAGCCCUAAGGAGCAGCCCUUAACAGAGUCCCACAACAGUGUGUUGACUGUCUGAAACCAAUUAUUUACAAUUCAUCUCAUUCCCUUUUUCUCUUUCUUGAAACCUCUUAACCAGGGUUCUUCUACCCUGAUCUUUGAGGUUAACUGUCCUGCCCGGUUUAGUUUUCGAACCUGAUCAAACUCACCUGCCUGUAAUUUUACAUUGAUCCUAAAUAUAUUUAUUAACAUGUUCAGAUGUGUUUAAUUAGGGUUGUAGCUAAAAGACAGGAGGGCCAGAUUUGAAGAAUCCUGCACUAAGACACAAGGCACAAAUAAUUGAAAAACUUUCAAAUUCAUGCAUUGUGUUAAGGAUAUAAAAUGGGUGCUGAACAAUCCAAAAAUUUACUUCUUUUUUCUAAACAUCACAUCACUGUAACAAUUAAACUCUUUACUGAUAAAAUAACUCAAAAGCCCAAAUCAUAUUGUUAAGUUUCCCCUACUGCUGGUUUAAAUUACAGUAGAUGGUUGCCAUUUACAGAACAAAUUCCAAUACAGGACAGUUCACAGAAAAACUGUCAUUUACACAUUUUGUAAUCCCCAUCAACUUUUAUAUAUGGAAAAGAGCAUCUUAUAUGAUGAUCGUGAUUUAACUUUGUUAAACAUGUUGCUCUGCAAGUUGCAUUUAUCACUCCGUUGUUUGUCACUUGAGACUUAUGGUCUGCCUACCUUGUUGAAUGUUGAAUACAGCUAAUUGCCUUACAGUAAACAGAUCUUAUUUUGGAUCAUUCACAAAAUAAUAGUUAUCAGUUAAAAAAGAAAGAAAGAAGGUAUUUUUAUAUUCAUAAAGACAUUCUUAUUCUUAAUAUUUAAAUUUGUAAAUUAGAUUUCAAGGCACUAUAUUGCACAGUGCACUGGCCCUGUAUGUGUAAAGAAUUAUAACAUUUUUACAGGGCUUACAUAGUAUUUUUCUUAAAUAGUUGGUAUUUUCAAAAUAUUGUGUUCAUUUUGAAUCAAAUAAAUUAGCUUUGAUUAAAUCAUUAGAAGUUAUUGAAAAUGAAAUAAAAAAAAUAAUAAAACAAAAACCAGUCUCUAUACAAAGAGAAUCUUACAAUGUAGAUGUUUUAAAAUUUUAAAGAUGAUGAAUAGUCAUGAUAUGAGUAUUUACAACCCAGAUAGCAAAUUGCCUUUGGGUCGGAUCUGGCUAAAUUUCGGCUGAGAUUUUGACCCACACAUACCGCAUGGAAUUACGCCCCAAGGUUGGCCCAAAUACUGUUUGCCGUAAUUCAACCAGAUCAAUGCCGGGAGCAGACCAAAACUCGCCCAGAGCUUUACAAUAUACCCAGAUAUUAUCCAGAACUGGCCCAAAACAACACCCUAAUCUCCAUAUGUGUGCCAGACAAAAGCCAAACUGCCACCACCUUUAGCCCAAGAACUCAGCCACAACUUAUCCAGAAGCUCCAUAAAACAGCCAUAACUGGGCCAAUAUUAUACCAGAGUCCCCAAGACUGAACCAGAUCCCUGUGUAUUAUAAUGAAUAAUACUGUUUUGAAAAUUGCCUAUUUAAGAAUCCUUUGCAUUGCACACAUCUGGAGCACUAGACUGUAAAGUUUUUUUUUUUUUUUUUGGUAUGUUAUCUGGUUUCAACGGGUUUUGUAGUUUGUAAAUGUAUUUGUAAAUAUCCUUGCUGUAUGUACAGUAGUAGAUUUUAUGUGAUGUUCAUGUACUAUGUUUUACUGACAUUUAUGCUCAGUUAUUUGGUGGUUUAAUUAUAAACAGUUUAAUUCAUAUUAGUGCUCAUUUUCAUUAAUAAUAAUUGCAACACAUCACUAGUGCUAUUAAUUUCAAUCACAAUCUCUCACAUUUAUUUUGCAAUACGAGUUUAUGUGAAAGUUCCAGUCUUUUGUGAGCCUGGAUACUUGUCAUAAUUGAACAUACUGUAUGUCGGAUAGGGGCUGUAUAUAAGCUGUAUAAAGUCAGUGCCAUAGAAAUGUGCAAUAGUGUUAACUCAGAAAAACCCAAAUGCGUUUUUAUUUUCUAUCACAGAAUUUAUUGUUGCUCAAACAUGAUUUCAGACAAGAACACGUUGCAGGGAUCAUGAAUUCAAAACCAUUCAAGUACAUUCAAGUGAAUCAGGAAUAAGCCUGACACUUUCUGACAUUAUGGUUAUAUGCUAUGCUAAAAUUUAUUUAUUCUCUGAUUGUUAUUUAAAUUUGUGUUGUGUAUAUUGUCUGUUUCUGGUUAUCAAAAUGUUGCAGAUUCCCAUUCCGAUGACUUCUGUUGUCUUAAAUGUAAGUGUCGUUGCUACAUUCACCAGCCUGCCUUAACAUAUGCAGUUAUCAGAUGUAUAUUAGUUUUGUUAAAUGUGUGGAGUAAAUAUCUUUAUUUUGUGCUUCGUGAA